GCGUGGUUGCGUCAUCAACGUGCGCGAGGGAAGGCUGUCCUAGGCAGGCAGGCAUGGCGCUGGCUCUGCUGCAGCUGGAGGCGCUCUGGAAGGGCCCCGGGCGCCUCCUUCGCCUCCUCCCCGGCCAGGGCUCCAGGGGCUACGCCAAGAAGGCCGCUGUCAAGUCCAAGGGGAAAAGUGUAGCCAAAGAAGCCCUCAAAGGUCCUGAAAUAUGCAAAGACCCCGUAUUGUUGACCACCCAUGCCAUGGGGGCGAACAUCUACAAGGAAGGUUCAGAAGUGGCUCUGAAGCAUGAUUCAGAAUAUCCAGAAUGGCUUUUCCAGAUGUACAUCGGGCCUCCAAAGAAAUUGGAAGAGUUAGAUCCAGAGACCAUGAAGUACUGGCGCCUGCUGCGGAGGCAGACUAUACAUCAGCGGAACAAGCUAGCAAAAUCUCGGCCAUUUUGAAUCAAUCGCCUGGAAGACGGACCCAAGAUGUUGUCGCAAAAAACUCAGACUGAUCAGAAAGGGGAUCCCCCCCCCCCAUUUCUGUUACUUUUCUUUCUCUUUUCAGUGUAAAUGUUGACCAAUAAACAGCCCUCCACUCUA